AUGACGAUAUACUCUCAGGCGGAAAAUGCAUUCAACUCGAACACUUUUGAUAAAUCGCUGUCUCUAAGGGUAGAUGGUGGGUUUAACGCUCUUUCUAUGAGUCCAUCAGGAAGAGACGUUGUUUUGGCCAGUAAGCAAGGACUAUACGUUGUGGAUUUAGAUGAUCCAUUCUCCGCUCCACGUUGCUUGCGUCACCUAACCUCGUGGGAAGUGGCCGAUGUGCAAUGGUCGCCUCAUCCAUCGAAAUCAUCCUGGGUGGUGUCAACUUCAAAUCAAAAAGCACUGGUGUGGAAUCUGUCAAGAAGCUCGUCGGAUGCUAUUGAGCAUGUAUUGCAUGGUCAUUCUCGUGCCAUUACUGAUAUCAACUUCCACCCUCAACAUCCGGAGAUUUUAGCCACCUGCUCCAUCGAUGCAUACGUACAUUCAUGGGACAUGCGUUCGCCACGAAGAGCUUGCUAUAGUGCAAGCGUAUGGUCUGCUGGAGCAUCACAAGUCAAAUGGAACUUCAAGAACCCAAAUGUGAUGGCAUCUGCGCAUGCCAACGAUAUUUUCGUGUGGGAUCUGCGGAAGGGGUGCACACCAUUACAUGUUGUUAAAGGCCACUCUAGCAACGUUAAUAGUAUAGAUUUCAGUCGCACCAGUGACUCUGAGAUUAUGUCAAGCGCCAAUGACGGCACUGUUAAAUUUUGGGACUAUGCAAAAAGUGCUCAAGAACCACUGCGAACUGUGAUUACAGACUUCCCUGUAGCAAAAGGUCGGUACUUGCCCUUCGGGAAAGGGUUUUGCGUCAUGCCCUUUGUCGGUGGAAACAACUCUGUCUACCUAUCAAGUAGCGUCACAGAGAGUGAACCAGGUACAGUGUCGAAGCUUCAACCUAUCUACGUUUUCAAAGGACACACCGAUCGAGUUUCAGACUUUCUGUGGAGAGUGAAAUACAGUGGUGGAGCAUUGGUGGACGACCGGGAAUUUCAGCUAGUGACAUGGUCCAAAGAUAAUGAUUUAAGACUAUGGCCAGUGAAUGAGACCACCUAUGAUAAAGUUGAUUUUCAACGAAAUCAGACUCUCGAGCGCCCGUUUAGUGAGCAUGAUUAUCGUACGUUCCGUCAAGAGCCCUUGGAAUCGCGGAAUUUACCAAGCUAUGCACAUUAUCCCAAGGAACAAUUUGUUACCAAUUCAGGACUCAAGGACUUUGAUGAUAAAAAUAGGAUCAACCAUCUCGCUUGGGUUUCGGGAGUAAGAAUGCAUCAUGCUGAUUCUCCUCGGGGCCUUUUUGAUUUAGACAAGCUACAGAACCUGGGUGAAGAAGUCACUAUGAUCGGUCACAAGUUUCCCAGAGUUGUUUUCGAAAAGAUAUCUGUAUCCACUGGGACUUUGACAUUGACAUUGUCAGGACCUUGGUCUGAACAAAAUCCCGAAGAUUUAGUGUUUCUACGUGUGGACUGCGUCUUCCCACCAAACUACCCAUUUAAGAGUCCACCGCGAUUCAAAAUUGAAGAGAAUCGCGAGCUUGACUCGACGAGGGUUAAAGAAAUCACAAACCAUCUUCAAGAAAUAACCCGCAGAUACACUGAUUUGGGAAAGUAUUGCUUGGAGCCUUGCUUGCGCUUCCUUUUGGGCGAGAAGAUAAAUCUAGAUGUCUUGGAGGAGGAAGAGCAACUUCUGAAUUUGGACGUCGUCGACUCCUUGGGACUGAAUGAUCUUUCUUCACUCGAAAGCUCUGACAUGAGGUCUGGUGCUAUCUCUGUAACAUCUGAAACUUCUGAUGAAGAUGAGGAGGAUCUCGACAACAAAAGCAGCAACGAUGGGUUUGUUUCUCGCUCCGCGCACGCCUUAGAUCUCGAUUCUACACCAAUUCCAAAAGGAUGCGGCGCAACUUGGACUUCCUCAGGCAAAUUAGUAUGCUUUUUUACCACUGAAGGUAAACCAGAAAAGAAACAGCAAGGCGCUCAGAAAUUCGGCCAGCGCGGAUCUAUUGGAAUCAAAGCAGAGUACCUACCGGAACAACUUUAUGAUGAGAACAAGCCACCUGUUCCUUCACGACCUAGACGUUACGUGGAGACUUUCUCGGCAUCCUCUGCCCAUAAUAGCGAGAUAGGAACUUCUGAAAAAGACACUGAUUCCGAUACCAGCUCUGAUAGUUUUGGCGAUGAUUGGAACGACAUUAUGCGAACAGAUAUAACUUUGAGGACUAAGAUGCCAGUAUUCUCGAAUUUUGGCAAAUCACUAGCGUCUGCUCCAUCGGACGAUGGGAAAAGCAAUGUUUCUGUUGCGAGACCAAAAAAUGCUGUCUUCAUUCAAGACUUUAGUCAUUUAAUCGCCGAUAAAAGACAGCUUGCGGCAGAAUAUAUUUUCACUGGGGACAGUUUAGAAGCUGUUUUCAAGCACAACUCCUAUGUGGCUGGACUCCAUGAAUUAGAAGACAUCGCACACUGUUGGAAAAUGGUCGGUAAUCUACUUAUAGACCGCGACGAGCGCCGAAAUUCCAACUUUGGAUGGCAUCAAAAUGCCGAGGGUGAUAGAGUGUUCAUCAAAGAAGUGAUGAAUUACUUGGAAAGGUCUAAGAAUGUGCAGAUGCUGGCCAUGUUUAGCUGCAUACUGAUGGACCCGCCUUCAGCGAUACGCAAAAGUGCCGAAGCGAGGUCGCGCCAAGCGAACGUUAUUACCUUCGAGUACGAGAACCAGAGCAAUUUUUCAGCAUCUCGGCAUGGCUCGUUUGCACCAUCAAUGAGAUCAGAGGACUAUUUUUCGCCGCGUCAGCAUAGCGUCAAAAAUCGCAGACCGCGAUUAUCCAACACACUUACGCCUUCGGAAACGGUUGCUCAGCAUUCCAUUUUGCCUGACAUUACCAUUGAGAUUGUGAACAAUGAUGAGCUUGACUACCUUGGUGGCAGGAACCCAUCUCUUCUAGACUCCGAGGACGAAUCCAAAUAUCGGUCCUACCGGUACCAGUACUCGGAGUUACUUUUUUACUGGGGUCUUCUCAUCAACAGGGCAGAACUUCUGCAAUUCAACAGCACUCAAGAGAACAACACGCCCGAUCUUUGGCAUCAUUCUCUGGGCUACGGGCUAGACCAACGAGCAGAAAAGAGCUACUCGGGAGUUUCCUACAAAACACUGGGUAGCGAGUCAUCUUCUUUGACCAACCGCAUUUGCAACUACUGUGAACUGCAGGUCUCGGGAAGAGGCACUGUGUGUGGCAAUUGUCAGCAUCUACUGCAUGCCCAUUGUGCCAAAGCUUGGUGGGAGCUGAGCGAUGUAUGUGCCUCGGGAUGCGGCUGUCAAUGUGUUAGCAUGUUUGACGUCACGUGA